AUGAACAUUUUCAAAUCUUUGGGAAGAACCACCUCAUUCAAAAGUAACAAUGCCGAGAAUUGGCAAAAGAGAGAUGUUGAACUGUUCUUUGAACGGAUUGGUUUGGCUCCUCUCACCGACUCGGUCUUUGGUAAGAACAAUCCGUUACUGACUUUCAUAGACUCGGGAGCAAAAUUACUUUCUUCAUUUCAAACCAUACGCUCCAAUGCGGAUACCAUGUUGGAGGCACGAAAUUCAUGUGCUUCACUCUAUGAUCCGUAUUCUAUUUAUGACAAUAAUAAUGGUUCAAACUCGGAGAAUUCAAAUGACCCAAAGAUGACUGAACUUCAAGGCUUGAUUGGUCUCUUUUUACAGCCAUCAUCAAGUGGUGGUCGUUCGGUGAAACAACGUUUGCAAAAUUUGGAUCAAUUAUUAAAAUUAAAAAAGGCAUAUGAAAAGGAUAGAAAACAAGAUCCGAACAAUGAUGACGCCUCAUCCUCGCUCGAAAUGGGAAAGAAAUUCGAUCCCGAAGAUGAAAAUGAUUUUUUCAUGUUUCAACAAAAUUUCAUCAUGGAUCACUUGAUAGCCUCUCAAUUCUUCCGUUUGGAACCAAAGAAUGGAACAAAAGCAAAUUCAUCACUUUCUAGGAUUAACGUCAAUGCCACAAGCGAAUUCAUAGCAUUUAAUGAGAAUGUCACAUUUAACGAUCUCAGAAAACUUUACAUGCAGUUGAAUAAUUUAUUUGAAAAUGCAAAUCAUUUCAAUGAGUCUUUUGUAGAAUUUGAAAAGAAUAAGGGAAGCAAACCACUUUAUAUUACAUCAUCAGAGAAGGGAGGCAUGUUUGAAUCGACAACAAGCUUUGAUAGUGUCGAAUUUGGUUUCAUUGGAAAUGACGUCGAUUGUCGCUUACUCACAACCAAGCAAGUCAUUGAAUUCCUUCGUCACAAGAAAAUUGAGCACAACUGUCUGAAAAAGGUCAUUGAAGACAAUCAAAUUGAUGGUCAAACGUUUGUCACAUUACGACAUCCUCUCGAAUGGAUGAUUCUGCUAUUCCCUUCUAGAAAUGAGAUUGCUGAAAAAGGAAACAGAAAAAACAGUCCAAAAUCUCAUCCGUAUGAAGCUUUGCAAAGUUUAGCCAUUGUCAUCAGCAACAUUAUUCGAGUGAUAUGUUCCAACAAGUUUUUAUUGGGAGGAGAAUUGAAAGAGUUGAAAGAUUUUCAUGUGUAA